GAUUCCAUAGGACGAAGUUGCAUCUAUUCUUCUUUUUCUUUAUCUCCAAUUGCUUCAAGUUUUGGGUCUUCUUUCCCGUUUCCUCAUCAGCACAAGGAAACUGUGAAGAAAAGGAAGAAUUUGGGUUUCCCACUUCUUUUUCUUGGGUACAAAUUAAAUCUUUGGUUUUCGAGUAGUGGAGCUUUUGGGUUAGUUGUCGAAGCGAAGUUAUGGCAUCCGCAUCACUUGUUGGAGGGGCUGCUCUUGGACCAGCAUUUGAAAAGGUGUUUUCGAUUUUGUACGAAACGGUUAAGGAUGUGAUAACCACAACCUGCAUGUUCGAAUCCAUCCUCGAACGCCUCAAAUCCACGAUAGAUGUUUUGGAGCCGUUGGUCAACGAGAUACGACGGUCGAACAGAGAAUUGGAUCGCCCAGAAGAGGUCAUAAAGGGGUUGAUCGAAAAGAUGGAAGAGGGCGAGAAGCUCGUGAGGGAUUACUCGAAGCUCCCCUGGUGGAAAUACCUCAUGAGAUACCGUUAUGCGAAGAAACUCAGCAAGUUGGAGGACGCGCUUUGCUUGUUCUUUGGUCUUGAACUUCCAGUCUUGAAUACGAGGAAUGUGUUGGAAACCUUGAAGGGGGUGAAUGAUAUUCGUGCGCGAAUGAAUUUGGUCGGCCUGAAUGGUGGGUUGUUGUGUGCAAUUCCUGCACCCCCUGAUUUUCCUGUUGGGUUGGAUUUUCCUUUGAAGGAGUUGAAGUUGCAGCUGCUGAAAGAUGAGGUGUCGAUGCUUGUCUUGACUGCCCCCGGAGGAUGCGGGAAGACCACAUUGGUGAAAAUGCUUUGUCACGAUAAGCAGAUUAAAGGCAUAUUUAAGGACAAUAAUAUUUUCUUUGUCCCCGUUUCAAACACUCCCAACCUGAAGGUCAUUGUACAAAAGCUAUUUCGUCAUAAGGUUGAUCAGGUGCCAGAGUUUUUCAGUGAUGAAGACGCAAUCAACCAGCUUGAGCACCUGCUCAAUCAAAUUGGACAAAAUCAUAGUACCUUUUUACCCACUCCAGCUCCCCAAAAUAAUCCUAUAUUGUUGAUCCUGGAUGAUGUCUGGUCUGGAUCAGAAUCCCUUCUUGAGAAGUUUGCUUUUCGUAUACCUAACUACAAGAUUCUAGUGACUUCAAGAACUUCAUUUCCAAGAUUUAGCUUCACAUACAAGUUAAAACCAUUAAAUGAUGAAGAUGCAAUGGUUCUCUUUCGUCACUCAGCAACCCCGCAAGAUGGGAGCUCUUACAUUCCUGGUGGAGAUACUGUCAAAAUGAUAUUGAAAUUUUGUGGGGGGUUCCCACUGGCCCUUAAAGUGAUUGGCAGCUCACUCUGUGGGAAGCCUGAAGGGGUCUGGCGCAGUAGAGUUAUGGAAUGGUCUAAUAGUGAUCAUUCUUUUCUUUCUUCUAGUACUAGUAGUGAUCUGCUUGUUUGUCUCCAAAGAAGCCUAGAUUUCAAAGAUGAUGAGAUCAUCAUCAAGAAGUGUUUCCUGGACCUAGGUUCGUUUCCUGAAGACCAAAGGAUCCCCGUCGCUGUCUUAAUUGAUAUGUGGUCAGAAUUACAUGAACUAGAUGAAGAUGGUAUACAUGCCAUUGCCAACCUACAUGAAAUCGCCAUCCGGAAUCUGGCCAAUCUUGUGGUCACAAGGAAGAAUGUUAGUGCAGUUGACAACUGUGAAGACUUCGUCUUGCAACACGAUCUUCUUAGAGAGCUAGCUAUCCAUCAGAGCAGCCUGGAGCCAAUAGAACAAAGGAAAAGACUGAUUAUGGACAUAAGUGGAAACAAUCUUCCCAAGUGGUGGACGGAACAGAGGCAACAACCUAUCAACGCCCAGCUCUUGUCUAUCUCAACUGAUGACGUGUUCUCAUCAAGUUGGUGCAACAUUCAACCACCUAAAGUUGAGGUUUUAGUUCUGAAUUUUCAAACAAAGAAUUACAUGUUACCCGAGUUUGUGGACAAAAUGAAUAUACUAAAGGUUCUGGUUGUUACAAAUUAUGGUUUCUUUCCUGCUGAAUUAGGUAAUUUUCAGAUACUUAAGUCUGUUCCCUCUCUAAAAAAAAUCAGAUUAGAGAAGAUUUCAAUUCCUUCCCUUUGCAAGGCCCCAGUGCGAUUUACGAGUUUGAAAAAGAUAUCCCUAUUUAUGUGUAAUAUUGGUCAGGCUUUUAGAAAUUAUACUAUCCAGGUUUCAGAUAUAUUUCCAAAACUAUUAGAGAUAAACAUUGAUUAUUGUAAGGAUCUGGUGGAAGUGCCUACUGGGUUAUGUGAUAUUGUUUGCCUCAAGAAACUCAGCAUCACCAAUUGUCAUAAGUUGUCUGCACUGCCCCAAGGGAUUGGAAAGUUGAGGAAUUUAGAAUUGCUAAGGCUUAGAUCCUGUACUGAUUUGUGGGAAUUGCCAGAAUCAAUCAGAAGCCUCCAUGAGUUGAGCAUUCUUGACAUAUCUGACUGCAUAAGCAUUACCAAGUUGCCAAAACACAUUGGUGCAUUGCGUAAUUUGAAAGAGCUCCACAUGGAAGGGUGCUUGCGAUUGCGUAGUCAGUUGCCACCAUCAAUUUUGGAUCUUGAGCAAUUGAAGCUUGUAAUAUGUGACGAAGAGAGGGUCAAGUUAUGGGAGUCUAUCAAGGAGUUACACCCCAAUCUAGAGAUAAAGGUGGCUGAAAAAGAUAUAAAUUUAAAUUGGCUUUCCAAUCAUUUCUAAGAACUGUUUUUUCCUGAAAAAUGUUGUAAACAUAAACGUUA